UCGUAGCAAAUGGUGGUUUGCUGUUUUUCAGUCACGAUAUUUCGAAGCUCUGCAGAAAUAUUGCCGUUAUGGGGUUAUUAGUUGUACAAAGACAUCCAAAAUAUCAUAAAAAUCGAACAUUGUAAUUUAUAACAAAAAUAUACUCUUGAGGGAACGGGGGAGGAAGAAAGAAAGACAGAGACAGAGAAAGAAUACAAAAACGUCAGUAAAACAACGUGCAGAUCAAUCCUUUAGGAGAAUUUGUUUUUUUACCGAAAAUUGUUAAAAGAUUACGACUUUGAACUUUCGGAUAUCUUUUGAAUCCAAUGUUUCAAGGUGUGAUCUGUUAAAAGAAAAAAAAAGAGAUAGGCAAACUUAAACGGAACCAAAUCUUAUUUUUAUUGGAUUCAAUUUGGAAAAAAGGGGAAGUUUAGUGAAUUAUAAAAAUGGGUUCCACGAAACAAGAAGAUAGAUUACUCAACGUUGGAAUAUCUUUGCCAAAGUGGAUGACAGGCCGAAGCAACACUAGGUGUGAUUUAAACGACACCACACUUAGUCCACCAUCUCACGACGACAGUUUCUUUUACAUACGAUAUCCGAAGACACAAAACCGAUCAUCGAUUUCGCAAGAAUAUCGGCCGAUUGACGAAGUUUUUGGCGAACAAAAUAUUACUUCAUCAACGAAUAAUGUGAAAGUGCAGGCUACGCAACAAGAACAAUUAACUAAGGAGAAGAAAAAAAAUCAGGAAAUUGAUUUCAGCAAGCAUCCCUUACCUUGUCAACCGUUUAUACCAUCAACUUUAACAGCGAACAAAGAAAACGGAAAUAAAUCAAGUCCGAAGGUAUUACUGACCGAUAAUACGAAGAUUACAAAAUCACAGGGAGUAGAUGAUGGAUUUCAUGGCGAACCAGCACUUUGUGGAAAGUCAAUUGUUUUUGUAGCUAACCAGAUGAUGUCUAACAAAUAUCACGAGACUAUUUCGGCCGAGCAGGCCGCCAGUCAACCCAGAAGAGGAAGCAAAUCUUUACCAGCCACUCCAGUCGCUUCGCCAUUAGGCAGUCCAAGCAGUUCGCCUAAGGCUCAUCGUCGUGUUACUUCGAAUCGAUAUCGUGCAGGAGCAUCCUUUCUUGAUCGCGAGAAAUAUCAGGGAAGUUGGAUCUUGGCAAGCAUCUUCGGGCAAUCUAAGGAAUUCGUUACUGGCAAGAUCGAAGAAGAGGACGAAGCAAACAUCGAAGCCGCAACUGCUCCACUUAGAUCGCUUGCUCGGAAGAAAUCCAUUUCGUCGCAAAAUCUUACAUAUGUAGGAAGCGAUGAGAAAUCAGGAAAAUCAGCUGCCUACCCAAAUGCAUUUCAAGCAAAACCAUCGCAAUUAAGAGAAAUGAAUUUCUGGUCCCCAACAUCGAUGUAAACCAAUGUAGUAAAUUGUUUUUCGUUUACAUUUUAAGCUUAGUUAAUUAAUAGUGAUUAAUUUGGAAAGAAGGAUUUUUUUUAGAAGGAAAGCACGAUAGAAAUAUAUACACAUUAUUGUCACUUUCUGAGUUUUUUAAAGUCAACAAAUGAACGCAUUGAUAAAACGAAAAAAGAAGAGCAGCUUUUUGCUCGUUAUUUUUCAUAUAUUCUUAACAAUGUGCUUAUUAUAGUUGGUACAAUUAAUAUUUAAUAACAUAUUUGUGCUUAUUUUUUCUUUUUUCUAUUUUUUCUUUUUUCUUUUCUAUUUUUGCGGUUUUUAGUUAAUGCUGUUAAGCAGUCUUUAAUAGUCGUUUGAUAGUUUCUAUAAUGAAUUGAUGAAACCCUAUUAUAAUGACGAUAGCAUAGAUCAGGAAUACAAAAGGAAAUACUCGUGUAUCGAAAACUAUGGUUUUCUUAUAAAACCUCGAGGAGCGGAGGGAGGUACUUAUAUUCUAUAAAAACGAAAUAUAAAAAUUACUUUUAGAUGAUCCAUUGCUUGAUAAACUUAAUUAAUUAUUGAAUAUAUUUAAUCUUUAAUUUUUAGAGAAGAAAGAAAAGUGAAGUAGGGGAAAAUGUUAUGUCAUAUGUAUACGUUUAUAUAUUAUUUUUUAUACUUACAGAAUACAAGUAAUCUUGGAAAAAAUAAAAUUACUUGAACGUUGACCAUUGUUCGAAAAGCCUGCGUUAAAAAAAAAAAAAUAGAUAAAAUGAAAUGUGUACAAAUAUAUACAAAUUACAGUGCGCGAAGUCUGUGAAUGUUUUGAAAAUAAUGAUUAUCGUGUAGUAUCGAGUGUAUGUAGUUUAUCGAUAGUAAUAUAAUAUUUUUCGAUCGCUAUAACAUAAUUGCUAAGAAACAUAUUGAAACACUGAAAUGGAGAUGUUUUUGUUACGCAUUCGAGAACACGAGAUUUAUUUGAAUAUGAAAAUUACAGUAUCAAUUAACUCGUACGAUAAUGUAAAAUAUGGUGGAAUUAUUAAUUAAUGAUCUCGGUAUAUUAUUCCCGACAUUCCUACAGCUUGAGAUGGAGAAUUGUUAGGUAACUCCAUCCAUAUGUACGAUCUAUGUAAUCGAUAUGACAAGCGGAGACACUAUUGGUGGGAAUCACUUCGUAUGCUGUUGUAGUACAACCAGCCAACAAAUUGUUAGUAUGUAUUAUUAACAUCAAUAUGUUUUACUGUAUUUUAUAGAGAAAUAAUAAAUAAAUAAAACCUAUUGUA